AUGCGACUGGCCCGAGCAGCUACGACGGGCUAUGUGGAGGCACUGGAGCAUCGCCUUCAAGUAACGGAGAAUGCACUCCUGAAACUCCUGUCACAAGUCUCCGAUGCACAGCUCUCGGUUGCCAUGCCGCAGAACGGAGAUUCCAUACGAGAGCCAGAUAAUACGUACCAACCGUUUUCCAGACUUGGAAAACAAGGCGUCGAUGACUGGGCUCGGUUUCCUCUUGAUACGCCGCGGAAUGCGCGGCAGUGGCAGCAAUCCUGUAUGGGUAGUCAACAGUUUGCUUCCGGUGACCAGCUUCGCAGCAUGUGCCAAUCACCUCUCAGCUCUGGAUCUGAGCAGCGAAGACCAAAGCGAAAGCGUGUUCAGCUUGAGAAGCAGAGUGAUCCCGCUGUGGGGGAAUCGCGUGCUGAAAAAAUCCCAUCUUCUCUGUCGCAAAAUGCCUCCAGUCCAGUUUCAUCACAUCCGCCAAACCGACAAGAUCCACACAGCCCUCCGCAUAUAUCUAAUCAAGGAGCUGAUGAAAACAUUCGGUUGGCGACAGUGCAGACCCUGAGCUCUUGGGACGCAGCUCCUUCGCUCAGCUUUCAACGCCAGUUCCUUUGGUGA